CCUUAAAUGAGGAGAAACAGCUGCUUAAAGAGAUUAAACAGCUUGAAGCAACAAGAGAGAGAGUUAUUGCUAAUAUGGCUGCUAAAACAAAAAUUGAGAGCGCUAAAGGUCAGGCAGCAGAGCUCACAAGAUACAAAUGAAGCUACUAGGUGGCAAUAUGGACGAAGUCAGAAAGGAGAAACAAGCUGUUAUAGCACAAAUCAAGCAACUAGAUGAAAAACUGAAGGUCAUAGAUGAUGAUAUAGCAUUGUUGGAGGAGCAACUGAGAUCUGUGACUGAGAAAAGGGACAAGGCAUAUGAAACCCUUAAUAAACUGAGAAAAGCACGCGAUGAAGUGAAUGCAUGUUUCUACCAGAACAGAUCACUCUUGAACAGUGCAAGGGAGCUUGCUGUAAAGAAAGAUAUCGAAGGAUUAGAAGCACUUUACAACAGUGAGGUGGAGAAAUUCAUGUUGCAGUGGAGCAGCAACAAAGCUUUCAGAGAUGAUUAUGAGCGGCGCAUAUUAACGUCUCUUGAUAACAGGCAGCUAAGCAGGGAUGGUCGGCUGAGGAAUCCUGACGAAAAACUGAUUGUUGUAGAGAAACCAUCAGUUGUCAAGUUGGAGACUUCACCCCCUAAAAUUGCCACUAAACAAGGAAAGGAGGCCAUUACGGUCACUUCAUCAGAGGAUACUGUCUCUUCCAAGGGAACCCAAGCCCAAGAGCUGACAAAACCAGCUAAAGCAGAAGCUGGAAGAAAGAAUAGGAGCACAGAGGAGAUAGGAAGAGAUGAUGAAUAUGGACAAUCACAGGAGAGACCGAAACCUAAAGAGAUUGAUACUGCAAAACUAAAGGAGAUGAAAAGAGAGGAGGAGAUUGCAAAAGCUAAAUUGGCUAUGGACCGGAAGAAAAAGUUGGCCGAAAAAGCAGCAGCAAAGGCAGCAGCUCGAGCUCAGAAGGAAGCUGAGAAGAAACUGAAGCAAAAGGAGAAGAACGCUAAAAAGAAAGCUGGAAUAACCGAAGCUGAUACAUCUGCUGAGCAAAGUGAAACAGAGGAGAAGGCUGAAGAACCAGAAGAAGAAAAUGUGAAACUAGAUAACCCAGUUUCAGUAACAAGUAAAGAACAGAAGGCGAAUGUUAAAUACAGAAGCAGGCCAAAAGUUCAAACUCACCUUCCAAGAGCCAUCCUCAAGAGAAAGAAGUCUCAUUCAUACAUGUAUUGGGCUGUUCCUGCGGCAAUUCUUGCCUUGGUGCUUGCUAUAGUGGCAGGAUACUACUCCUUCGGAAGAGUCUGAGAAGUUAAAGAUGAAUAGUUUUAGGUUGAUGAUAUGGAGGAGUUUUGCAAUUGAGGAGAAUUCAGGUAGAACUUAAACUUAUCAGUCAUGUUUUUUUUGUGCUUAGAAAGUGGUUAGGCAGCUAUUGGACUCAGUUUCUUCAAUGUGUUGAAUUAUAUACUAGAUUUUCUCGCUACAUUCGUGAGAUACUCUUGGUGCAAUAAGGGAGCGAUAUUGUAGCAAGUAUUUUGUUGUGGUAAAUUGUUGUAAACAUAUGAUAUGUUGUUGUUAUCUGCGUAACAAGGGUAUGUCUCUGGAGUUAAGGGUUAUUUUCACAAAUUUUACGAGAACAGGGCGUAUGAUUAAGUUAUUGAUCUAGUCACCCAAAUGAGUUUAAGUU